AAUGCAAGGCUUAGUAACGCACUCGCCGCCAAGUUAGUAUUCCGAUUGCCUGCCAUGAUGAUGGCUGCUGUGUACGGUUGUGGGUCCGCUCAUUCGACGUUCUGAGCGGAGAUCACUGCCAAUCAGUUGCUGCUUCCCAUUGUUCUCACGGAUUACCGUCAAUCCAUGUGUCUUCCGGCCCACAGCCACGCUUCACAUACCCAACUAUGAGCCAACCACCCACUCCGUCGAGGGAUGCAGACCGCACUGCGAAUGAGCAACGUCUUUCUAGCCAAGGAUCUGAGGGAACGACGAUGGUGACUGGAAUACGAGAAUGCUGCGCUAAUAUCAUUGUACACAGGAGGCAAGCUCAGCAACUAAACGCGGGUGUUAUGACCCUUUUCUCUAUGCUCAAGGAUAAUGUUGAAUUUGUAACCCCUGCGGAGUUUGAUGAAAUGCUAGACGAGAUUCUCAAGACUCUCAAAUCAGUCUAUCCUCGUGUUCGCGAAUGGUCUCAAUACGGUCUCUUACAGGCGCUCUGGCGAAACGGACAAGUUGGAUAUGGUCUGGAGCAGUGCAAUGAAGAGGUCAACAGUGCUCUGGACAAAUGGGAGAUGGUGGCAGCCAUCUCGCUCAACAAUGUCCGAAGUCCGUUGGUGCGCAUCGUGCGACAAGAUGCAGAGGGAUGGCAGAAAUAUAUAGUCGAACACCGAACUGAAGUUUUCACAUUCACCAAGCGAUUCCUUCGUGCUCGACAGCUCGUGCAACAGGCUGCAGAAUUGCAGAAACACGGUCAUCCGGCAGCAGAGCGAAUGAUGGAACUGAGCCAACUGCUCCUGCAGUUACCAAUACAGUCCUCAAAUUCUAAAGAGGCUGCGAAUGAGAAAUUGACGAAGGAGGAGCACGAAAUGUAUCGGGAAAAGCUAGUGAACUUCCAACGUCUCACUGGCGUACCACCGACCAUCAAGAUUCUGAAUGGUCAAGUGAAGAAACUCGGUGAUAGACCUCUGGUAUGGGGUAGCUAUAGUCAAGUGUGGAACGGUGUCUGGCUCGAGAAGAUAGACAUCGUUCUACGAGUACAGGAUAUUACCGUCUCUCAAGGAGCUGUUGCUCGGUUUGAGGAGGAAGCCAGGAAAUGGGCGAAGCUGAAGCAUCCGAACGUUCUCCCUUUUUACGGCAUAGUGACAGAUCUGGGUCCGAUUAUACACAGUGCGACUCCAUGGUGCGAACACACAAAUAUCCUUGAUUACACGAAGAACAAUCCCGACACCGAUAAAACACAGUUGCUUGUUGACGCUGCGCAAGGUCUAAGAUACCUUCAUCAGGAGAACAUCGUCCACGGUAAUGUAAAAUGCACAAACUUCCUAAUCAACGAGAAGGGCGACGUAUGCGUUUCGGACUAUGGCAUGCUACAGGUCGUCGCGGAGAUAACCAAGAAGCGAGCUUCGCUCAUUCUAUACGAGGCAGAGUUGACGCGCUGGUUGGCACCGGAAUUUGUCAAAGAUGCUAGCCUUCCUGGGUGCACUUUCGCGUGCGAUGUCUGGUCAUUCGCGAUGGCGAUGCUCGAGUGCUACACCUCAUCUGUGCCAUACGUGGAGCUGCAGGAUGAUACGUUUGUCGCCGAUGCCCUUUACCGCGCUCAACAUCCUGCAAGGCCGCAGAACGCAAAGGAGCUUACGGAUGGGAUUUGGGGCAUCCUGGUCGAUUGCUGGCGGAAGAACCCUGGAGAACGUCCGUUGAUGAACCAAGUAGUGACGAGAUUGCAACACUGUAUGUAAUCAUAUCGUCUCGCUUCUCAUCUCUCAGAGGUUGAAGCCACGAUCACACUAUGGCCACGUAUUUGUAUAUGCCAUUCUAUCUAGUCGUUUUUGGCUUCAAGUCUUGCA